GCCCCAACUUAAGCACUCUCUAAUAGAUCCGGAUUCUAAAUAGCUUCUCAUCUAUGCACAAAAGCUUUUGUAAACUCGUACACUGACAUCAGACGUUUUAAUAGGUUACAAGCCACCUGASAAUAAGAGAAACCGCACUAUGCAGUUAUAUACGAUUUUCUUGCUGUUGAGUUUGAUGUCGUUCACUGCAGCCAACUAUGUACGAGUUUGCUACCAUACCAACUGGUCUCAGUAUAGGCCAGGACGCGGCAAGUUCUUUCCAGAGAACAUUGAUCCGUUUCUUUGUACACAUCUGAUGUAUUCCUUUGCCAAGAUUGACCAAAACAACAAGCUCGCCAUGUUCGAGUGGAAUGACGACAAACUGUACACAAAAUUCAAUGCUCUCAAACAGAAAAAUCCAGAGUUAAAGACCUUAUUGGCAGUCGGAGGAUGGAACCACGAGAAUUCAAACAGUCCAUUCUCGCGCAUGGUGAAAACCGCUGCGACAAGAAAGUUAUUCAUUGACUCUGUAAUCGACGUUUUGAGAAAAUGGAACUUCGAUGGUUUGGACCUGGAUUGGGAAUACCCUGCAGUCCGUGGAGGGUCUCCAUCCCAAGACAAGCAACGUUUUACCAUCCUUUGCCAAGAGCUGAUGAAUGCAUUCAUAGCCGAGGGUAAGUCAUCUGACCGUCCAAGACUGUUGCUUACUGCUGCAGUUGCCGCUGGUAAGGCGACAAUCGAUAAGGCUUACGAAGUGAGCAAAAUUGGAAAAAUUCUUGACUUGAUCAACCUUAUGGCUUACGACUUACGGGGACAGUGGGAAAGUCAUACUGGACAUCACACAGCUCUAGUUGGACGUCAUGGAGAUGUUCAGACUGUAAGCUUUGCUACACAGUACUGGAUUAGCAAMGGUGCCCCUCCCAGUAAGAUCGCCCUCGGUCUUGCUACGUAUGGAAGGGGUUUCAAACUUCAAGACGCAAAUAAUCAUGGCCUCGACGCACCAAAGGCUGCUUGGCCAAAGGCUAAGAAAGGUCCAUACACAAAAGAGUCCGGAUAUCUUGCCUAUUAUGAGAUUUGUGAUGAAAUAAACAAUGGCAUGAAAGUCGUUUCAACUGACAAAAGUGAGGUAAAAGCACCAUAUGGAUACAUUAACACCGACUGGGUUGGCUUCGAUAAUGAGAAAAGUCUAUCCCUAAAGAUAGAACAAUUGAUAAAAGCGAAAGGCUUAGCUGGUGCCAUGUUCUGGGCUCUGGAUCUUGAUGACUUCAAUGGCCAGUCUUGUGGCAAGGGUAACUAUCCACUCAUGAACUCUGUGAAAAGGCUCCUAGGUAGCUCUGUACCACCUCCAUCUCCAACUGGUAAUCCAACACGUCCAUCAAUAUCACAGUCACCAACUCCUCGUCCGAGCACCAAUUCACUUCCACCAAGUCAGCGUCCAGUGAAGACACUAGCACCAACUCAGCGUCCAGUGACGACACCACCACCAACUCAGCGUCCAGCGUCGACACUACCGCCAACUCAGCGUCCAGUAACAACUGGAAGUUGUGUAGCAGUUCCACCUUACAAAGGUCAACCAGGAAUAGAACAGUGGUGUGUCACCAAUUGUGCUCUGGGAUUCUGUCCUUCAACACAUUGCAAGUGUUCGUCUCCCCUAUCAACUAAACGACCAGCGUCGACACCACCACCAACUCAGCGUCCAGUAACAACUGGAAGUUGUGUAGCAGUUCCACCUUACAAAGGCCAGCCAGGAAUAGAACAGUGGUGUGUCACCAAUUGUGCUCUGGGAUUCUGUCCUUCGACACAUUGCAAGUGCUCUUGAUAAACUACUAUCUACAUCGAACACUACUGUAAUGAUUUAUUUAGUCUAAAUAUAUUCUUGGUGCUGUUUAAAAUGUGUAUUACAUGUUGAUCAUAGCUAGCAACAUUUGAUUCAAAAUUAAAAGUCAAAAGUCAGUCAGAAGUCCAUAAAAAAAAGUGACUUUAAUCCUUGGUGAUUGUUAUGUCUCACUUCUUGAUGAAAAAUAAAAUUUGUGAAUUUCAAGA